AUGCACAACCCUGUCACCGGACCUGUAUUUGCAAUAUACUAUCCUCUCUUCGCUGCGUUUGCGGUUCCGGCUAAUUUAGUGGCGAUUGUGAUUCUUUCCCGAGGAAGGUGCAGUCUGUCCAGAUGCAUUACUCGGUAUCUGGUGUCCAUGGCAGUGGCGGAUCUGCUGGUCGUGAUCACGGCGGUGAUAUUAAAUCGCAUUCGUGGUAUUUACUUCCCGCUAAGUUUUCUGACCCAUACUACCGGUUGUAGUGUUACUGCCAUCAUAACCUAUGCAGCCAGGGACAGCUCCGUCUGGUUGACUGUCGCUUUCACGUUAGAUCGAUACAUAGUCAUUUGUUGCGCAAAACUGAAAAGCAAAUACUGCAACGAGAAAACAUCGGUUGUGGUGAUCGUUACCGUCUGUGUCUUUAGUUUGGUUAGGAACGUUCCCUGUUACUUCAUGUAUGAACCAUUGUAUGUAUUAAAUGGUGUGCCCUGGUUUUGCAGCAUAAGAUCCGUGUUUUACACUUCUGUUGGCUGGGCAGCGUUUGACUGGCUGGAUCGAACAUUAACCCCAUGUGUGCCCUUCGUUCUGAUCCUGCUGCUCAACGGUCUCACAGUCAGGCAUAUCCUAGCGGCCAACAGAGCCCGGAGGAGGUUACAAGUGCGUAACAAAGGAACCGAACAGAGUGACCCAGAAAUAGAGAACCGGAGGAAGUCCAUCGUUUUAUUGUUGUCCAUUUCGGGGACUUUUAUCCUUUUGUGGCUGACUUAUGUUAUAAAUCUGUUGUAUGUGCGAUUUGCAAGCAGUAGCUAUUUUGCAGGAUCAGAUUUUAACGACCCUAGAUUCAUACUGCAGGAAAGUGGAUAUAUGCUUCAGCUUUGGAGCUGUUGCACUAACACGUGCAUCUAUGCAGGCACUCAGAGGAAAUUCAGAGAGGAGUUAAAAGAUGCGACAAAAUAUCCUUUCCGAUUAAUCUGGAAAUUAAUAGAUUACUGA